CCACGCAAAAGCCCAGACCCAAGCGCGAACGCUAUUCCCAGCCCGCUAUCGUUGCUCGAACCCCGCCGGCCCGAAAUUCAUCAUUGCCUCAGCUAUACGGCAACAUUGGUCCUAAUCGGUCAUGAUGCCUUCGAAGCAGCCCGCAUGACUUGGAUGGGACUAGUAUAGCCUUUGGAUACCCUAAGUCUUUUGCAAGACCGACUUGGGCACAAUGGCAAGCACGACCGCGAGCACGCUCGAUGUAGACUGGCUGCUGCCAUCGAAGAAAGAGCCCUCUCAAUCCGUAUCACAGAAGACCAGCCAGAAAGAAGACUCUCGAUUAGAUACAGCGCAGACCGGAUCGACCGAGCCACCUCCGACACAGGCGCCGACUAAUAUCAAGGCUUCGAAAGGCUCAGAGGAUGCAUCGUAUCCACCAUCUGCGGUGCAAAAGCCAUCAAUAAUAGUCAACGGGAAGCAGAAAGCCUCACAAAACGGUGCGCCGACCAAUGCGCCAUCCCCCCAAUCUCAGACCCGAAGCCAGCCGUCCUCUCGGCCUUCCCUGGGGCGAGGACAAAACACAGACGACACAAAGAAGGGUACGAAGAGCAACACACCCAACGCAAAGAAGGAUGGAAGGAGGAAUUCUUGGAUAUCGAGUCUCAGCUCCAAAUUCUCGUCAUCGAAUUCUCCUACACCUUCGCAUGGGACUACCGGCAAUGGACAACCACAAGGUCAUGCGGGAGUACCGUCACCUCAACCCAGUCCAAGGUUGGAAGUACCAAACCCAUUCAACAAGAAGGAAAAUACCAGAGAAACGCAAAAUGAGAUCAAGAAAGAAGAUCCUAAGACAAACCCUGUAACCAUUGGUCCACGACGGCCCUCUGUACUGGUUGCUGCAGGCAAGGAAACUAAGUUGGAUCAUCCGGGUUUCCUAUCGAGCGCUCUGCGACGGUUGUCCUCGUCUACAAAUACAACCAUGGGCAGGGGUGCUGGAAGCGGAGCGCUUUGUCCGAGAAGGGUGAUGAAUAUCGAUCACAAUCGCGAACGGAUCAAAAUUGGCGAAUUCGACCAGCACAAGUUGAAAAGAGUAGCGUUCUGUGUUGACGUGGAAAUUGCUGGGUUUUCUGCUCAAGCAGAUGAAGAACCUGAUAACUAUAGUCAUCAACCAGUUUCUAGUACACAGAAGCAGACCAUUACAAUGGAAAAUCAAGCCAGUGGACAGAAGGACGCCAGAUCAAAAGAUAGGGAUGAAGGAGCUGCCUUGAAAGAUGCAUCGGCAGCAGGUGAAGGCGCUGCUCUGAAGGAUCCUACAGCAGCUGUAGAGUCCACAGAAAAAGCACAACAAUCGGAACCCGAACCGGCCCCGCAGACCGCAGAUACAAAGAAGCAAGUUCCCGUUGACGCUGACGGCCCGCCCCCCAGCGAGCCUCAGGCGGUGCCGUCAACGAGAAAGAAGGAGAAAAAGAAAAGGUCAGAAGCGGAGCGAAAAGAACGAAAAGAGCGGAAACGGAAGCAUGCACAAGCCAACGGGUUAGUACCCCUUGAGCUGACGCGUGACGACGACGACUCGGAUUCAAGCCCCAGCAACACUCCCCCAGGCGCAACCACUCCUAGACGACCUGUUGAUGGCCCUACCACAGAUCCUCUCAGAAUCUAUAAACGCUGUUGUCAGCUUCGAGAGACAACAGUAUUGAGUCGCAUGAAGGAACAGAUCACAAAACCAUCUGCAACCUUGGCGGAAGCACCAGGCACAGUGGCGGUCAUGGACCUAACGGGUCUUCAAAUGCAACUGCAAGAUAUCGUCACAUUCGGCGACUGGCUCGCGGUUGUACCGGUCCGGAAGCUCAUCUUGGAAAACUGUGGUCUGACUGAUGAAGGGGUAAGGGUGAUCUUGGCCGGUCUUGCCAGCUGCAAAUCUGCAGAGCAGGCUCGGCAGAACAGAAAGAUCCCAAAAAGACACAGCGGCAAACGUGAAAUUGAACGCAUGGGCGUGAUCGAGAAGCUGUCCCUAAAAGGGAAUCCUGGAAUCACGAACGUGGGCUGGAAACACAUUGGUCUUUUCAUGCACAUGUCACGGUCCUUAAGAGCAAUCGACCUGUCUGGGAUUAAGUUUCCCGCCUCUGGCGAUUUAUCCAGAACAUCUUCUGCAAAUACUUCGGGAAGCUAUACUGGCAACGACGCCAAUGCGCGAACCCCCGAUCUUGGCUCUUUGAUCAUUCACGCACUGCUGGAAAGGUUAGGCGACAAAUUCGAGGAGCUCAUUCUCAGCGGUUGUGAACUAUCAACCACCAACGUGCGAGACAUUGUUGGAUGUGCCAUAGAACGCAAUAUCCGACGUUUGGGUUUGGCCUCCAACAAUCUGGAUGAGGAGGCAGUAACACAUGUCGUACGAUAUAUGCAAUCUGGCUGUUGCGAAGGUCUUGACCUUGGAGAGAAUGACCUCCAUGGGUUUGGACAUCUACUUGCUGAAGCAGCUGACGACAAGUGCCCGCUCUUCGCUAUAAGCCUGGCUGGCUGCAAUCUGACCACAAGCGAGCUCAGCCCGAUUCUGACUCCAUUCACCAAACUCACCAACCUCAAAUUCAUGGAUCUAUCUCGAAACAAAGCUCUGUUUGAUCAACAACCAACGGCUGUUCCUGUCCUCCGAAAGCUGCUACCGAGGUUGAAACCUCUCAAAAGGAUUCAUCUGGCUGAUAUGGACAUGACUCCCGAACAGGCCAUCGCACUCGCUGAAAUCCUCCCGGAUUGUCCUUCCAUAAUGCAUGUGAGCAUCCUGGACAACGCUCCGCUGAUAAACGCCAUGAAUUCAAAGAUCGCAAGCGCUCAAGAGGAGGCUUGCGCACUGUUUGCAUCCCUGAUGACCGCAGUUCGCGUUUCUGGUACUAUCAGCGCUGUUGAGAUUGAGAUUCCCAGUGCGGACAGCAGUGAAGUCAUCAAAGCGUUAGCAUCCCAAGUGGUUGCUUACAGUCUCCGAAAUAUGGAACGCACCACACUCGGCGAGGUUGGCGUUGAGGCUGCGAAGCUGGACGAAAAGAAGGCACCAGAAGUACUGCUUCAUCUUGUUGGGCAUAUGGAAGGCUACUCUGAAAACCACGACAAUGAUGACCCUGCUCCCGAUGAAGAUUACAUGAUUGCAUCUACAGGAAUCGUCAGAGCUCUUGAUGUGUGCUUGACAAGCAAAGAUUUCACAAGUCGAUCACAGUCCAGAAAUAUCAGUCCAAGCAGAAGCGGGAUGGAGACGCCCACGACACCAACGACACCUAGGGUAGGUCCCCAGCGGGUGAAGCCACGUGACGUUAGUUUGCAGCUGUGCGACAGUGCAAGGAAGAUCAGAAUGAGGCUGAGGCCUGUACUGGUCCGCGAAGAUCGGGCUGGAAACGACUAUAACUACCGGCGUUUGUUUCACCUUGACCAAACUCUGCAACGUAUGAUACAGCGUUUCGAGGACGAGUACCCAGAGACAAAGACGGCAUCGGCGUCACUUCCUAAUGGCAAUGGGGUGCCUUCACCUGAUCCCUCAAUGGUAGACGAAGCUCUGCUUUCGGCGUCUGUGGGUUCGAAUGGGCUUACCAGGAUGUUGUCUGCGGACGAGUACUUUCCUGAUUCAGAGCAACAAGGUCCUUAUGCCGUCAGACUUUCGAGAAAUGCUUCGACUGCGUCACUCGCUGCGAAGGCAUUCACUGAUGAGGAAGGUCGGAUGCACCGACUGGGACAGAGUAUCCGCAGAGAAGUGCUUCGACCGACAGGCAUGGAUGACAAUCUUCAUGGUACAAGCACAGAUGACGACCCAGAAGCACCUCAUCUGGCAGCUCUUCGAGCCAAACUUGAGCACAUCAAAGGCGAAGACCUACGCCAGAGGGUAGAAAGGGAAGGGGCAGAUAGUGUGCUGCGAGAACUUGGUGUGAACGCACAGGAGCUAUUGACUUUGAGGGAAACAGACCCAGAAGGAUUUGAGGCAUUCCGAAAGUCUCAGAUGGCCGCGCAGAUCAAUGCAGGCAUGAUCAAUGUCUAAGGAAUGUACUUUGGGAGGUCUUUGUGUUUUGUGAGCGCUUUGUCGAUGAUUGGUUAAUGACGGGCACUGUGACCAUA